GUUAUCGGGGUUGAAAUGUCAGUUCUUCUUUGAAUGAUGUCAAGGUCAUCAGACAGUAUAUCCUGACUUCGUCGUUACAGUUUGAAGUAAACCGCAUAGUUCUAUUAGAAGAUCAGAACGGUAUCCAGCAUGUCAUUUACUGUAAUCUUUUUUGUACUGCUCUUUGCGGAACAUUCACACGGUAGCUGCCCGGCGGGAUAUCUAGUGGAAGGGGAGUUUUGUUUCUUCUUUAGUGAAAUAGCAGGUACCUGGGCCGAGGCAAACAGCUACUGCAGGACCUUCAAUGCUGUGCUAUUCGAGCCGAAUACUGAGGAUCGUCAAACUGCGUUGGCCAAAGCCUUGCAACAUGUAUCGGGACCAUAUGACAAAGAAUUUUUCAUAGGAGGUAGCGAUUUUUUUAUCGAAAACCAGUGGAUCUGGUCAACGGAGCAAGAUCCUAUUACUAUCUCCCACUGGGCCCCCGGUAACCCUAGCGACAGUAACGUAGGAGAGGACUGUAUGGCAGUGUUAAAAGCAGGGCAGUGGAAUGACAUCGCGUGCGACCGCAAGCUGGAGUUUAUUUGCGAAAGACAGGCACUUGAGAGCGGGGAAAUAAUUGGGUAAACUCGUAUGUCAGAAACAGUUGUUGUGUGAUGGCAGUCAAAUAUAUCAUAUUUCUGAUCAGGGAAAUAUGAGUCAGCUCAAUUUUCUGCCUUUACAUCAUGGUGGAUAUAAACUUUACUAAUAUUGUUUAUUAAUAUCAACGGUUAUUAAUAUAAAUAAUUAUUGAUAUUUACAACGUGUAAUAAA